AAAAAAAUGAAACUAUUUUAUUUACUAAUUAUUUUUUUUAUAUUUAUUACUUCAGGUGAUUCAUUUUCAUUAAAUAAAAGAGUUGGUACAACUGGAUAUAAAUGGGAAAAGGUUGCAACUUCAAAAGAUGGGAAAACUAUAAAUUUUUCAACAUCAAUUAAAAAAACAGAUACCUUUCAAUUUAGAAUAGAUAGAGAUGAUUAUGAAACUAUUUAUAAUGACUUGUAUGUAAAUGUAACAAUGGCAAAUAAAAAUCAAUUCAUGUAUUUCAAUACCUAUUAUAGUAUUAGCGAAAUAGCCACUAAAAAGAGUGAUCCAACAAGUUCCCCAGGAUAUGCACCACUUUGGUACUCAAGUUGUGGUUCUAAUGAAGUCUACUUCACCCUAAACCCUAAUAACACUAUUGUUCCCCCAUUUAAAAACCCAGACUCUGCCAACAUUAAUGUUUUAGUUUCAAUUAAGGAAACCGUUAAUUUAUGUAAACAAUUUGUAAAUAAUAGUCCAUAAACAAUAACUGGAAAUUAAAAACCCUAAAUAAAGGUUUUAUACACAAAAAAUACACUAUCUUUUUUUUUAAAAUUAAAUAU